AUGUCCCCCAAUUUAAUGCCAGAAACCCACAUUAGCAGAAUUAUAACAACAACAGCUGCAUAUGGCAUACUGACUAACACUCCGCCCACCGGUGCCGAGACUCCGCCCACCAGCGCCGAGACUCUGCCCCCUAGCGCCGAGAAUCCGCCUACUAGCGCCGAGACUCCGCCCAAUAGCGCCGAGACUCCGCCCACCAGCGCCGAAACUCCGCCCACUAGCGCCGACUCCGCCCACCAGCGCCGAAACUCCGCCCACCAGCCGAGACUCCGCCCACCAGCGCCGAAACUCCGCCCACGCCGAGACUCUGCCGCGCACGCCGAGACUCCGCCCACCAGCGCCGAGACUCCGCCCACCAGCGCCGAAACUCCGCCCACCAGCGCCGAGACCCCGCCCACUAGCGCCGAAACUCCGCCUACCAGCGCCGAGACUCUGCCUCCAAGCGCAGUGUGUAGUGGCCGAGACUCCGCCCACCAGCGCCGAGACUCCGCCCACCAGUGCCGGGACAGCCCACCUCGGCUUAAUGUGGGGUCGGGGGAAGGAGGAGGAGUGAAGGCAUGCAGAGUGCCUCUGGUGGGCCUCUGGAGUGCUUCUGGAGUGCCUCUGGAGUGCCUCUGGAGUGCUUCUGGAGUGCCUCUGGUGUGCCUCUGGAGUGCCUCUGGAGUGCUUCUGGAGUGCCUCUGGUGUGCCUCUGGAGUGCCUCUGGAGUGCUUCUGGAGUGCCUCUGGUGUGCCUCUGGAGUGCCACUGGACUGCCUCUGGAGUGCCCCUGGAGUGCCCUUGGAGUGCCUCUGGAGUCCAGUGCCGGGCCCCAAGGACUAAAUCACUAAAUAACAACCAAAAAAUAGAGACUCCCACUAGCCCCGAACCAGAGCCAUCGUCAACACAGACCAACUAUCCCAUCUAUUCCAUCUAUCCGAGUAUUAAGGGUUUGAAAACUGUGGAACGCGUAUCCCAGUUUGUGUUCAGAGGUUCUUCUGGUUCAUGUGUACUAAG